UGCAUGCAUCAAUCCAGUGCACACCUCUUGCCUCCGCCCCUCUCCCCCUUAGGAGCGCACCUCCUCCCCCUCCUCCUGUGCCAACAUCCCCUCUGCAUCCCGCAGAGCCCUCGGCCACGGGAAAACAUCCCCCCCAAAACGGAGCUCCUGAAGCCGAGGGCGGACUAACGCAAGCGUACGCAAAAGGGGGAGUCAGCUGGCUCGUCAGCCAGCUGAUAAGAAGACAGUGGGAAUAGCAGAAGCUGGAAGACUGCCUGGACUCAUGUCAGCCCCUGCUCCAGCCAGUCGGAGGUCUGCAUCGAGCUCUCGCCGAUUCAACCCUCUGAAGGCACUGCAGCCCAAACGUCGCUUGCAGCAAAUAUUGGCCUCCUCGCCCGUCCCGGUCCCCAGGUCGGAGUCCGGGUCGGGGUCGGCCGCACCGGUUGUCACGGCGCCGGUAGCCAUUCCGGUGCCGGCCCCCCCUGCGUUUGACUAUUGCAGGUUGAUAGAGCUAGACUACGUUCCCAUGGAGACAGGUUACAUGGUGUCAAUGCGUCCGACUAAAGGCUAUGCAUCCAGCGCAAAAGGACACGCUUCCACCAAGUCCCCGGAGCGACAUAGCCGUCCAACAAACUCCCCCUCUACCCCUCGCUCCCGGCGGUCUCCUGCAGGCCCCAGUAACAGGGAUCCUCAUGGUAAUGCCUCCCUCAGUAGCAGCAGCAACUCUGGCUCUUGUAAAGGCAGCGACUGCAGCCCGACCAAAGGACGUCACCAAAAGUACAUCUCAUGUACAGACAACCAUGGUAUUCGGCCCCCGCCACCAGAACAGUACCUCACACCUCUGCAGCAGAAAGAGGUGUGUAUCCGGCACUUGCGGGCCAGGCUAAAAGAAACCAUCAACACACUGCAAGACAGGGACACAGAGAUAGAUGAGUUGAGAGAAAAGCUUUACAAAAUGCAGGAGGACUGGGUGGAGGAGGAGUGCCACCGCGUGGAGGCUCAGCUGGCCCUGAAGGAGGCGCGACUGGAGAUCCAGCAACUUAAACAGGCCGUAGAUACGGUCCGCGACAGGUUGAGCGAUGCCGGGGGAUUCAGCGGUGACAUCGGGGUCCAAAAGUAUUUUCAAGACAUCAACACUCAAAACCACAAGCUCGAGAACCUGCUGCUCAACAUGGAAUUAGCUCAGGUGGGAUUAGCCAAGGAUGGGGAAGCCAUAGCAGGCCGUCGGACCCGUGUCGGGGGUUCGGCGCCAGCGUCAGUGUCUGGGGAAAGUCCAGGCGGAAUACCAAAACCAGCAAUAGGAGGAAGAGGCUCUUGUUCUUGUGAUGCAUCGCCAGCUCGUUCUCUGACCCGUAGCUCCACCUACACCAAACUGAGUGAUCAAGCGGCAAACCGAAAUGGCAACAGCGCCGAUUUUCCUGGUCUUUCAGCUGAUGGCACUCAGGAUAGUGGCUUUGUAUGCUGUGGGGACAGCAACAGUGUCCCGAGCCGGGCUGACUUGCUCCUAGAGGCCGCCUUCCUCUCGGAGGAAACUGCUUCAUUGCUCAACUCCUACGCACAAACCUUUUCCCGCGCCACAUCCAACUCUUUACCUCACACAUACUCCCAAACCUUACCUCAUUCUUUCCCUCACAACCUGUCGGUGCCCCACACGAUGCCGCACUCGGCCACCUAUGAGAAGCUGGGCGAACGCCAGUCAACAUUUCGUUGCGGUUUAGGUGGAGGUGGCUGCAUGAGCCAUCCCUGCUUGUCACACCACCUGUACCUACAUCCCCUACGCGAGACGGGCAUUCAGACCGAGAGCUGUCCCAUCCCAGCGACAUCAGGUUGCCCAUCAGACUUGGAUACCAUUGCUGAACAACGUACCUUCAGAUCCCAGGCCUGCAGCCCUACUUCCACGUGGAUGUCCGAUGAAGGAGAGGAAGAUAUAGACUCCAUCACCACCACCACUUCUCUAACCAGAUCAACUGUCAGGAGUGCGGCCACAGAGCCGAUUCCGUCCUCCAAAUUGCCACGGGUUAAUUCCAUUCCGCGUUCUGCCACUGUGGCCUGUUCCAUGGAGAGUCCUUCAUGGGAAGGGAAGGAGGGCAUGAAGGAAGAUACAGAGGAAGAACCUGCUGCAGUGGACAAUCAAGGUGAAGUACAGGAACAAUCAAAGGACGUAGCACUGUGCAGUUCAGCAGAGAGAAAGGAAGGCCUUUGGAUUAUAGAGGACAGACCGUUUGGGAAAUCCCUGGAAACAGCCAACAGCAAUUGCAUCCGGGAAGCAGAUGGCCUAAUUCAGACAGAAACACCAGGACUAAGCCCAUGUAGCCCAGAAUCCCCACAAGGUGAAGAGCAACCUCACACCUCCCAGCCAAAACGAGUUGUUCCCCACGAGCAGGGGGCUGGUGUCUGCAUUGUUUUGGGAGUGCACGACAGCGAGGAUGAUGAGGAGCCCGAAACCGAAGAGCAAGGCGAUCAAGGCAGUGCUUCAGCAGAAGAGGAGGCAGACUCCGCCUCGUGUUCCGAGCCGAUACAGAAAAGCUACUGGAGUCGUCACUUCCUAGUGGAUCUGCUGGCAGUGGCGAUCCCCGUGGUGCCGACAGUGGCGUGGCUGUGCCGGGGUCCGGUUCGAGACGGGCAGCCCAUAUACCACUUUGGGUCACUGCUGAGAGGCUGCUGCACUGUGGCUCUGCACUCGCUGCGCAGGGGUGGGGGGUUAAGGCAUUACCCCGCGGGCGGGGGGGACCUUGGUGGAUCUCAGAUGUGAGCGUAGUUUCUUCUAAAUUCCCUCCAUUAGGAUGUUCAACCAUCACCAUACGGCUUUUAAUUAGAGAAGGUCUGGUGACACAUCAUGAACAUCUCGCCUUGAAGGAUAACUUCGGAAAGAGCUUAUGUGCAUUAAGUGAAGUGACUGGGUUGUCCCAAGCACUGGUCUGAGGCAAUGAGCUGAAUGUGCUGAUUGAACUGAAUGAUCAAUAAUUGGAUGUUUAUUGCUGAUUGUUUCGUUUUUCAAAUGCAGGGAAAACUUUCAAGGUUUGUUGCUUGCUCAACAUUGCAGACUCACCGAUGACUGGAAAUAGCACUUUGUUGGAUAUGUACACCAAAUACUCUUUGGUGUAUGUUCAAGGACCUGUAUCGUCUCCUGUAGACAAACUAAAAUCCAUUCAUUGAGUCAAACUCAAAAUCUCAUGUCUCUCUUGUGCUUAAAGUUCUUAACAAUUCCAUUUCAGGUAUCAUAAAUGGGCUUUCAGUAUCCCAUCUUUUGUGUCUUUUGUUAGCACCCUCAAACUCCAAGUGUCCAGUUUUGUACAUAUAUAUUUUUAUUUAAGCCUUCCUACCCAAAUGCUUUCAUUCAUCCAUCCAUUUUCUCUGCUCAUCAGAGUCACAAGUCAGCUGGAAUCUAUCCAAGCUGACUUUUGGUGAGAGACGGGGAACAUCCAGAACUUGUCACCAGUCAGGCAGAGUGCCCAUAUGCUUCCAUUCCAAACCAAACUAGCACUUUCAUAUGACAACCCUUUCCCUCACCAACAAGUUAUUAAAUGUAGAUACUAGCGAGCUGGCACAUCACACAUUGGCUCAAUUUGUCUCCUACUGUGGAACACUCUGCUGUACAGAUCUCAAAGUCCUGUUGUCUUGCUCAACUGUCAUGUACCCUCCACUUAAGAACAAGUUUCUUCUGCUAUGCAUUGUACUAGUAGACAUAGAAUAAAAAUAACCAUUGCACUUGUAGACAGAGGUCCCUCGGAGGUGGAACACAAUCCAUUUGUUCAGGUUUGAAAUUGUCAGACAGCAUCAGUGCAAAAAAAGUUAUAUUAGUAACUUGUGUGAAUGGUAAAACUUACAAUAAACACAAAUACAACCAAAUGUUUAUGUAACAAGUCUUACCUUUGUCUAUUUAUUGGCGCAAAUGACAUAGCCGUUUUGGCUAACCAUUCCUGAUACUCUCAUGAAAGGUUUUACAUUACACACAAAAAAUGCUCGAAAAAUACAAAGUAGAAAAUGAGCUUGCUCAAUCUCAUCUAUUUUGGCAUUUUAAAUUUGAAGACGGAGUUGUUUAACCACCAAAGGUCAGAAGGUUUUGGGUGUGAAAGUGUUUAUUUUGCGACAAUGUAAAUAUGUAAAGGGGUUUAAGUGGGAGACUCAAAAGCUAAGUGAUAAACAUGUCAACAAAAACAAGAACAGUCUUACACCUUGUGAAAUGUAAUUUGGAGACGGAAUAAGCGACAUGAGUUUCUUUCCGUUUUGAUUUGCACUAUUGUUCACUUUAUGAAUUGUAAGCAAUUACUUGAAUUACUGUAGCUGUCCGGUAUGCAUAUGGAACUCAUUGUUAAUAUACAAUUUAAUAUUUUUCAUAGCUUAUUAUGUCCUAUCAGUAUGGCCAUGUGUCCCAGUACUUUUGUCCAUACAGUUUACAUUUUGGAACGCUGAUGUAGUAUAACAAUAGUGGAAAAGAAGCUGUGGCUAUGUAAUAUUGUGCAAGACAUCAGGGACAAUCGUGAUCGUCAUUUGUCAUUUCAAUGCUGUUGGUCAUUAAUGAUGAUGCCCUGGAGACUGCUUAAUGACCUCUCCAGGGAACUUGAGAGCUGGGAGAGUGGUCAUUAAAUGUCAUCAACCUGUCAUUUGAAAUGAAACGUAUCUGUUCUAGAAAUGAACCUCAAAGUUGAAUGACUCAUCAUCAGUUAAAGGAGACAUAUGCUGAGGGGUUGUGACAUUCCCUCUGUCCUCAUGUAUGUCGUAUAUUUGUCCACGUACACAUCAGAAUGAACAACAGCGAAUUGAAUUGAAGAAGAAAGUGUGACAAAGUUAUUUAUUCUAUUUAUUUAUGUUGUUAUUAUUAUUCAGUGCAAUUUGACAUUGAUUACUAGAUGUCAAUUGAGUUAAAUUGACAAAAGUACAGUUUUUGAGAGUUUGACAUUACAAUUACAAAAAUGGAAGAUCUGGUUUUAAAUUUUUGAUUUGACUUAAAAUAUUUGCCUGUGCAACUCCAGGGAAGAGAAAUAGGCAUAAAAACAUAGCAACAGUAUUAAACUUGUGAUUGUCUUAAUUGCAUAAACGUUGAUUGAAACAUAAAUUGCAAGGACUUACUUGUUCAGCAAAAUAAAAAAAAUAAAAAAUUUGGAGGAACACAUAAAUAAGUUUAUAAUUUGAUGUGUCAAAGAGGUAUUUAUUCAUUCAUUUAUUCAUUCAUCGUCAGUUAUUUCUGUGACAACUGUGGGUUUUUCUCUAAUUAACAGAGGGGUUCUCCAAAUUUUGUCUACAUGUGUUAAAAUAUGAAAGUUGAUUUUAUUUUUUGCGCAAGUUGCCACUUUUCAUGUGGUCGACUCUAGUGCGUACAAAAAGUCACAGAUUCAAUGUGUUCGAUGAAUUGAUCAAUUGCAUCUGCUCAUCAUAUUUUUUUAUUAUAUAUUUUUAUUUUAAAAUGAUAUUCUCUGGUUUCUGCUUUGCAAGUUACAAUGUGCCUCGUACGGAUUUUAAUCAUUCAAAACAAUUAAAUCAUGCAAUUCCUUUCAAAUUUGAGGUUCAAGUUUGGGGUAGUUAGUUACAUUGCCUCUGUUAAUCAUGCUCUUGAAAGGGAUUUAUUUUAUUCCCUUAUGGUUAAAAGAGAGAGAUAGGGAAAUAAAACAUAUUUUUUAAUUCCGUAUUUUCAGACUUAUUUGGUCUUGUAGGAAAAUGUGCUACAAUCCUUUCCAAUAUCCUCACACUUCAGAGUGACUUUUAGCUAUUUUCUGUCCCACAAUGUAUCUGGCCUCCCUCUAGUGUCAUUCGCCUCUAUAUGUAAUUUACAUCACCUAUGAUAUUUCUUAUUUCUUGGGAAGACAGAUUUGAGAAGCGUUUGUGUUGUUGUCAAUGUUAUGUCUACUGUCAUUUUAUCUGUUCCUCUUUGUCUGAUGCUGUGCUUACAUGUGUACCUGUAUGAAUGUACUGUAGUUCUUUUCACAUCGUACCACUGAGGACAUAUAAUGGCCUUGCUUAGGGACAUCAAUGCUGUAAAUUGGAAACAUGUAUAACCUAAGAUUAUUUGAGUUGCAAUAGUGUGUAGUCAUACAAAACAAAUGAAUAAGCGACACUCACAUUGAAGGCUAAAAGCUCCAAGAUAUUAAAACAGCAUGGAGGAAA